ACUUGUCCUUUAACUGGCACGCCUCGGUAUAUUCGAUACUUGCAAGUUGAUUCGGCAGUCACUGCAGCAACGUCCGGGCAUUCAAUUGUGUUGGCCCACGUCUUGUCUAUAUGCAGUGUACACACAUAGGUAUAUAAUAUUUAUAAUAUUGGUAACGAUUUUAAUAUACCGUCCACACGUUCACUAUACCCGACGAUGGACCAUCAUCACCAUCAUUAUCAAUUGAACCACCAUGGUACGGCGCACCAUUAUCACGCACCACCGUACACAAGAGACUAUUUCCUGUAUGAGUACUCUUCUGGUUCCGAGUCCGAUGGCACGAGCUCGCUGAACAGUGACUGUGAUUCCGGCAAUUGUGUUGGUUCGGGUCGCAAGAAGAGAUCACGGUGUCACAGACAAAAGACGCAGCAGCGCCAAGCAGCGAACUUGCGUGAAAGGCGACGCAUGCAGAGCAUCAAUGAAGCAUUCGAAGGGCUUCGGGCGCACAUACCCACAUUGCCGUAUGAGAAGCGCUUGUCCAAAGUGGAUACCCUGAAGUUGGCCAUCGGGUACAUAAACUUCCUGUCAGAGUUGACCCGUGGCACAGGACCGACAGGAAACGGCGUCACAUCUUUGAACGUGGCCAAACUUACGACGAUCGCCGGUCGCCUGCAUAGACCACCAGCACAGGUCAAAGAGCAACCCGUCAAGAAGUUUAUUGUCAGAGGUGCGUUUGGAACUCCAUAUUCAUUACACUCGUUGUCUUGGUCGAGGGCAAAAGAAAAUUGUCCAAAUAGCGCAGGAAUAAUGCGAGCAAAGUUAUGGAGGCCUGAAGUAGGGUCACCGCGUAAUUCUGGAUCUACUUCAACCUCAACGAGUUCGACAUCUUCAAGUAAAACCUAAUCACUCAACAUAAGAUAUAAGACCAUACGCGCCACUAGACCUCGAAAACGUGGGGUGCUAUGAUAUUUCAUAUUUUAAAAACAUAAAAUUGAUGGUAUUUCACUAUUUCACUAUAAUAAUGAUAGUUAAACCUAAAAAAAACAAGGGGUUCUAAAGACACUUUUGCACGCCCUUAUAGUUGCGUCAAUGUAUAAGACGACUACUAACUAUAAUGUAUAGCUUAUAAGUUACUUAUGGCUUGUAUAUAAGACAUACGUUAUAUCAUUGAUCAAAAUAUAUACCUAUAUAUAAGUAUAUUUAAUCAAUGGUUA